AUGGUGGUUGGCGCCUUGAUGAUUCUGUCAGGCAUUGUUACCUUCUUCGAACUCAGCAUCCGAACCAUCAUCGUUGGAAUCUACCUCGUGGUCUUUGGUCUUGCUGUUGGUGGGCUUGAGCUGCUGCCCCAGGUUCCUCCUUAUCUUCCAAAAUACGCCUCCUUUUUGUUCAGCUUUCUUGGUCGCGGCAUUUUCUACAUCUUCAUGGGCACUUUGUGCUUCGAGCAGUUCACCAUUCUUUAUAUCUCUGGCAGCAUCAUCGUCUUCAGCGGCAUUGUCUAUGCUGCUCUGGAGUUCGUUCCUUCCAUCGAGCCUCCUUCGAACAUGCGGGACGCAGACGCCGGUUGGGGCGCUGAGCAAGUCUAG